AUGUGCACCGACCUCAGCAACAUUGACAUCAACGACAGCGAGGAGGGGGAGGACGAGGACGACGACGACGACUAUGAAGAAGACGACAACGGCAAUGAUGACCACAAAAAUGCCGACACCGAGCAGAAAAGCAAAAAGAACGGUGCCAAGAAGGAAGGCAAAAAGAACGGUGCCAAGCAGAAAGGCAAAAAGGACGGUCUCCAGCAGGAAAGCACUCUCAAGGAGGUCAUUGAAAAGGUCGAGGGCAGUGUCAGCAGCGAUAACGAAGCUGAAAAGGCACAAGUGAAGGAGAGCGAUGGCGGCUUUUCCGAGCCGCGCCUAUGGUCAGCUCUGGUGCUCUUUGCGGCGGCAGCCUCUGUGCUGCUCGUCCCCUGA